AACAGUAUGUAGAAGUUUUCCGUGAAAGUCCUGUCGGUUGUCGCGUCUGUGUUCCAUUAGAGCAUCAUUCACUUCAUUUAGCACUCCUAGUUCUUGUUCCAAAUUUCAAUUACCUUUACCUACAUUUAGUGUAUUAUAAAUAAUUCAAGUGAUAAACUAAUAACAAAUAAAUUAAAUGUAAAUAUAAACAAAUAAUUUAACAAAUUCCUCUACUCUCUCGUGCUUCUUCAGCUGGCUAAAAUAUCCUUUCCAAAAAAAGUAUAUCCCACAGUUUUUAGCAUUGCUGCUCUUUUAUGUUGCUAAAACCGCCACCACCCAUUUCUGAGCGAAGAGAAGUUAAAAACUUAGGGUGAAAAUUUGCGGGAGUUCACUCACCAAUGAAUGUGUUCCUUUGUUUGUUGUUUGACCAAGCACAUGGUGUGCAUGAACACUCUAAUUACUUUCAUUCCGAUGAAUUCUGGUGAUGCCUUCAUUUAUUUAUAAAAAAAAUAUCCUUCGAUAUAAAAUUUAAAUAAAAAAACAGAAAAGAAAUAAAUUUAAAUAUGAAAACCGUAAACAAAGGAAAAUGAGGAUUGAAAAAUCAAUAAAUGAAUUUGAUAUCACACCAAAAACGGGGGUGAGGACAUUUUGUGCGUCGUCGGUCGGGUACAAUGCAGCGAAAGGACAAUGCAAAUAAUUAGCUGUUCCAGAUAUACAUUUCAAUUUGUAAUAACAAAAACAACAAUGAAUGACACAUAGUGUGUUCGGUUUCAUAUAAACAACAAUAAAAUAUACUCCCACUUAAGUUUUAAACAAAAGAAACAACACAAGGAAUACCUAUAACAAAAUGCACUCCAAGGAUAGCGAUGAAAACGGAAGUGAGUCGGAGAUACCAGUUCUAGACUGGCCAUUCCUCAUAAAGGGGAUAAUGGAUAAUCCAUCAUGUGCAACCCCUGCACCAGAUACAAUAUCUGCCCUUUUAUGGACAAUCACAGCUGUUUUUGGAAUUGUUUACGCACUAUUAGGCUAUCGAUGUCUUCGAGCUGUUGGAUUUUUAAGUGGAUUGCUUGUUGGUGCCAAUGGUAUAUUCAUUUUACAAGAUUUGAAAAUAACACUUCUGGGAAGCCCAGCUGAUUCAGCCCUUGCCAUUGUAGCGGGUUUAAUUGGAGCCGUUUUAGGUUCUGCUCAUCCUAUAGCAUCGGCUCUAGUAAGUGCUUUUGCUGGAGCAUUAUUAGCUGCUGUUGCUAUGGCCGUUUGUGUUGCAACAAUGCCAGACAAUGAAUUUGGGCCAAGAGAAAUAUAUGUUGCUGUCGUAGGCGGUGCUGUAAUUUUCUCAGUUUUAACGCUCUGUUGUGUAAAAUACAUAACAAUAUUAGCUUCUAGUAUAGUUGGUACUGCAAUGAUUGUGGCUUCCAUUGAUUAUUUUAUGCAUGGACUUGACACUGCAAAUUGGAUUUUAAACAUGAAACCAAAUCCUGCCCCACCUCCUUGUUUCGGUGGAAUUCUUAUAUGCACUUGGCCAGUUGCUGCUAUUAUAAGUGUAAUGGUACAAUGUUUCAUUACCGGAUGGCGAGUCGAUCAUAGGAAACGAAUCUAUCAUAGACACCCUCAGGACAUCCGAUGUCGAUCAACUUCCAGGCCUAGAGAAACUCGAGAAGAAGCUCGACAGCGAAAAUAUCGUUAUCUCUAUCAAGUUCGAACAGCUAGAGGAGAUAUUAUUUCACAAAAUUUCGUCUCAGCCCUCCAAAAGCGUGUGCAACCCGGUACUGAAACUCCCUCAGAGAGAUCCCUUAAGACUAGCUCAAACGAACGCAAUACCUUUAGAAGUGAUCGCACCCAUUUUACAACUAUUCCUGACUCAGAUAUAUGUGAUAAGAUCGAGAUCGUUCGCGAUCAAGGAUAAUAUUGGCCACUAAACUAAUCGCACCCGAUGACGCCCAGUACGGUCAGUACAAAAAAUAAAAAUGUAAAUGCAUCAAAUUUAAAAAUAUAGAAAUUGAAUUGAAAUCAAUUAAGCAUACAGCGUUUCGCUUCAUUCCAUAUUUAUUUUUCUAAAUAAUACAAAUACAAAAUAACUCAAAAAAAAAAACAAUAAUAAAACAUUUAGAAAUAACUAAUAGGUUUAAUGCACAUGUUGUAAACAUUGCCGAUAAAAUACACAUGGAAAUAAUUUAAAAUAUACGAGCAUGUACCAUAAUACGGUCCAAAGCUAUCAGCAUUAUAGAAAUGAAAAAUAAAAUUAAAAUAAUUUAAAAAUAUGGUAAAUUUAUAAUUAAUAAUAAUUAAUUAUAUUAAUGUUAAAUAAAAAAUAUUAUUUCAAAAUUCGAAUUUAAAAAGUUAAACCGACCACUAAGUUGACUAAUAUUGUCGUUAAUUAAUGUACCUAUUUAUGUAUUCCUUUAAUUUUUGCCAAAAGAAAAAAAAAACAA